UCUGUCAUUUCCGCUCGUCGAUCCACCGCCGCACCGUCGAUCCACGGGUCUUCACCGUCAUAAUAUUAUAACGAUAUCGCCAAUAUUCGAUCGUCAAUAUCGUACAAUUGCCGUACGUCGUCACUCGUUCCGAACGUUGUUAGGUACAGUACUUCCUGUCUAGCUAUCGCACACUGACCUCAAAAACGAUAUUUUUUCCACGUUUUUCGGCCGACGAUAAAAUAAUAUAAUACCUAUUCAUCGUGAUAUUAUACGUUUAAAUUAUAUUAUUAAUAGCAAAAAUAUCGCAUAUUAUUAAUUGUGAAUCUACUCAGUAAACGGCGACAAUCGUUAACGUCACCAAUCCCCGUGGUUACCUGCCCGCCUGACUGCCAAAAUUUCGGCGAGGACAAUAAUAUUAUAAUAAUUUUUUAUUCUUAUUAUUUGCGACACUACAAUUUCGAACGAACAUGGCCGGUGAUGGAUGCAUCGAUUUCCUGGAAAAGGAAAGGAUUUCAAAAGAACUUAGAGUUCGCAUGAACGAAUGGAAAGAAAUUAUCGUGUUGUUAAACGCAAUAAUGUCUUGGCAAAAAAAUUGGUUUCCCGCGAUUACGGUUACAUGUGUAACGAGUUUAUAUUUAUAUAUGUGGCUGGUCAACUGUUCAAUACUAAACAUGAUAUGGACGGCAGGCUUAUGCGCUGCCUUGUUAGAUUGCAUCGUUUGUGGUCCAUUCCAAAGGAUUCUGCCGCCUAGCAGUUGGGACAAAGAUAAGGAGCGCACGUUCACGGAAAUCUCUGAGUGGGUGGCCGAUUGCUGGGUGACGACAAAGUUGUACAUGGGCCGAUUUUUCAACCUCAGGAAAACACACACUAAACUGUUUCAUUCUGUCUUGUCAGUAUCGUUCUUCAGUCUUUUGUACAUCGGAACCACAUUCAACAAUUUAUUCAUAUCAUAUAUUACAAUUAUGGGGAUAUUGCUGUUUCCCGGAUUCAAAACCAAAUCAGAAUAUAUCGAGGACAGUCUGCAGAGGUACGCUCAUCAAAUGCUAUCCGGCGACGACGACGAUGCGUCUUCGUAAGUCAAACUCCUUGAAUUCAACACGAUCUAUACCUAACCACCUAAUACCUAUUUAACUAUUACGUUUUAGUGUUUUAAAGAGACGGUCGUAUUGUAGUUAAUUAAAUCAUUUUUCCGUCUUUGAAGUUUUCAUAAAUACAUUUUUUUUUUUUUUUUUGGCAUAUGCCCUACCAUUUACAGUAGAUAUCUGCAAUAAUGUGUGCGUGUUUAUGUGUUUGUGUUAUGUUAAUUAUUAUUAUAAUCGUUAACCGCAGAACAAUUUGUAAAUCAUAGAAAUCGCGCUUUAAAGCGAUUAUGAAACUGUUGAAACCGAUAAAACAUUUCAAUAGUUAUAAUAAUAUAAUGUAUCUAAUUUAUUAUGAUAAUAAUAUAGUCUACACAGAGAUUAUAG